CGCUUUGCGGGCUUCGACAGCACUCGCCUCUCCAUGUCAACCAAGGCGGAUCGGCUCGCGAGGGCACGCAAGAACCUCGCCGACCCGAACGCGGCGCUCGCGGAGGGCACAGGGCGAAUCAGCCUCAGUGACCCCGGCGCUGCCAGCGCGAGCACCGCCGUCGACCCAGUGCUCACGCCGCGGCUGCAGGGGAAGUUGAUGGAAGCGGCUCGCAACAGCGUCGCGGAGAAGAGCGGGUCGGACGACGACGACGACGAUGACGACGAUGACGAGGAGGACGAGGAGGACGCCGACGGUGAGGACGAUGAGCGCCCGACGACUCUCGCAGGCAAGGUGACAGCAAAGUUCACAUCGAUCAAAGAGUCACUAUUUGGCGACCGCCAUGUGGUGGCACCGCAGAGCGCCGGUGUCAGCGGGCCGCCCAAGCUUCCCGGUGGCACGUCGUUCUUCUACGACGAGUCGACCAAGGAGCUGCAGACGUGGGCCACAAAGUACAACCUGCACUCGGAGGCCGUCGAGCUGCUGCAGGAGGCCGGCAUCGAGACGCUGCAUGACCUGCAGCACCUCCAAGGCUCCGAGGCGGAGAUGUUCCGCGGCCUCGAGUACUACCCGGCGCUGCUGCGUGGCAAGGUGUGGAAGGCCGUGACAGCGACGCAGGAGAAAUGGGCAAAAAAGGCGCAAAAGUGAUGUGACGGGCGAGGGCAGGAGCGUGUCGUCCCGUCCCUUACGUGUGCGAGGCUCAGCCUCGCUUAGGCGAGGUGAGCGUUGCGAGGCCGUCAGACCAACUUGGGACGACGACUGCGCUGUUCGGCUGGGUAAUGCAUGUACCAUAUACUGUGACAUAAGAUGGGUUAGAGGAUC